ACGUACCAUACCACCUGUGGUUCCGUUGCCUAGCAACGGAAACUUCAAACAAAGAUGAUUAAAUUCGCAUUUCAAUAAAGAAGUUGAGGUGAAACAUGGCAGAACCAACAGAAAUGGAUUUGUUAGAAGCUGUGAAAGAGUCUCUACAUAACGAUGGCACCUUGGGAAAGUUCAAAGCCGAACUUAGAGCGGCAGUUAUGUCGAUUCUCAACAAAAACCACAUCUCGAAUGAACCACCAAAAAUACCAGAAGAGACUAAGCUCAUCAACGAGCUGAUGAGGGAAUACAUGAUUUGGAACGGAUACUUAUACAGCGAACAGAUCUUUACAGCAGAAUGUGGUCAUGGUAAAGAAAGGCUUGAAAGGGACGUUUUAACAACGAAGCUGGGAGUGAUGGAUGACGCCAAAACAUCGAAAAUUCCACUUCUAUACUACAUAGUGUCUGCCUUUCAAAACCAACAAGAAUAAUGCAAUUACCAUUUGAGACUAUUUUUUACCAGAUAAUAAAUAUAUUUUGUAUCGAA